AUGGCGUCGACUGCGGUUGAAUCGUUGGAGUCGACGGCGCUGUUCGAACGCGUCGCCGACGGAUCCACCGCCACCGCGGAGGAGUUUUCGACGUUAGCGUGGGCGGAAGCAUCGAUGAGUGAGCGUCGAUGGGUUCAAAACUUCGCGCGAUUUGCGCAAGAUAUCGUCAAAUCGAGAUUUGAGGCUGUGCUCGAAACGUACCAACCACUGCGAGACAUCGUGACGUUCUGGAACGUCGUGAUGGGCGAAUCUUCAGAGUUUGAGCGAUCGGGUGCGAGCGUCGCGGCGAAUCACAUGCUUGGGAAAAUAAUUUGCGGCGCGUGCGUUGGUGUGCCGAACGUUGGGAUAUUAGGCGCCGCCGCGCUCGCCGCGCAUCACAGGGAAGUCAAUCCCGAGCUCGAGGUGUCGAAACUGAAGAAAUCGUUGAUUUACGCAGAUGCGUCCAAAUCGUUCGCCGCGGGUACGGUUUUGUCGAUUGGAGGUCCGUUAACGGCACCUCUCACGAUGUUGCCGCAGUUGGUGAUGUACUUUACGAUUCGCAUGCGAUUAUGCCUGGCGAUAGCCAUCAUGGGACGAGAAGACGAUGACAUCGCCGUGUUACGUCCAUCCCUCAUCGCCGCGGCGCUCCUGUGCUUCUUCGGAUCAAACGCCGUGGAUGUCAUAUCUUUGCGACCGACGGUCGAGCAGUUUGAAUUGGAAGAUUUGAUGAACGAUUUGGAAACGGCUGAUGCGUUUCGCGGCGCUGAAGCAGAGGAUCUCUUGGACGACGACAAGCCGGUCAAAAGUCUGGGCGAGAUCCUUAAUGAAAAGUUGACACGAUUGGGGGAUGACGCCAAAGAGCGAACGAACGAGGCCAUUCGCACCGUUCUCGAAUCUGGUUCUCGCGCCGAACGAAGCGCUCAAAGGGAUGCCGCGGUCGCGUCGGAGAGGAUUCGGGUCUUCGUAAAGGCGCAAGGAGGAAGCCCUGGGGAGGCGAAUCGAGCCGCCGAAGAAGCCUUCGCCAAAGCGCUGCCUGUGUCGCUCUACGAGCGCAUGUCGGAGUGCGUCUUCACGGCGGACAAUUUACCGAUUCUUGUCGCUGAGUUAGUCCCUGCGGUGUCGUCGUAUCUCACCAUUCGCGCCGCGACGACGGCGAUGACGUGCAUGUUGCCGGAAUCUGUCGCCGCCGCCGAGCAAAUCGCUCGCGAAGCAGCAUCGGAGGAUCAAGAAACCAUCGAACAAGCGCCGGAGACUUGGGAUGAGUCCGCGAAGAAGACAUUGGUAGCGGCGGGAGAGUCGACAAAACGAGCAGCGGUAGCCGUAGGCGAGGCGACGCAAAACGCAUUCUCAGAAAUCAAUAGAAGUCUUUCGCGAAUGUUUUCGCGCUCGUCGAAAGAGGGUUAG